AUGACAUCCCUCAAAGCCAGCGUUAAUGCCAACGAAACUCUCCUCGGCGGCUCCGUAACGCACGUCGUCGGGCAGAUAUUCUGCGAUCAAGAUCUCGUUGAGCUUUUAAACGAGGUGGAGCCAUACGCCAACAACGAGCAACCUCUCACGGAUAUUGCUGUCGACUCGAUCUUGAAUGAGGAAGCUACAUUUACCGAUCCUUUCGUUGAGUACGUCUUACUUGCUGAUCCUGCGUAUCUGACUGAGAACGAUGAUGUGGAGAAAGAGUUUGCUGGUGCGGGUAUGGGUGGUGGGCCUCCGGGAGGUUCUGGCGCACCGCCUAACGGGACCAAACCCACAGCCACCAUGUCAGUGGCCAACUCCAGUUCGGGAGCUGCAGUCAGCUCUACCUUAGCGCCAGUCUCUUCGUCUGGUGCAUAUACCCUUGUUGGUGAGAUCCCUGCUCGCGUUCUCUCUAUUCGUUCUCGCUGA